AUGUCCUCCCACGUCCCGGCAUGGAAGCGAUUGGGCCUCAAGCUCAAGGGACCUGCAGCGGCCAACGCACCCACAUUCACACCUACCACAGGUGUGUCCAGCGCUUCCACAAGCAGUCCCAAUGCUGCCAGUCAGAGUUGUGCCACCGGAGGUCCAGCGAGCGCCAGCGCCCUGAAGAGAAAGCAGCCAACGCCAGCCUCGAGCACUGCCGCAGCACAAACCCCCAACAAGAGACCGCGGAAGGACGAGUUCACUUCAAAAUCAGCGCUCGCAAACUCGGCAACACCAUCCUCUGUCAAGAAAACCGUCACAUUCGCUCCUGACACCUGGGACAGCGCGAAGCCCUCGAACCCACAAGCCAAAAAGGACAAAAAGAAGAAGAAGAAGAAGAAGAAGAAGAAGAAGCUCAAAAAGGCUUCCGAGCCGCCGAAGCCUGCAACCAAUCUUGAGCCGUCGCUCAAUUACCUCCGUACGUGGCACAAUAACCGCGCAGCGUGGAAGUUCAACAAGAACCACCAGACCCUCCUGAUCAAGUACGUCUUUGAUGGCGACGACAAGAUUCCUUCGUCCGACAUCAGCAUCUUCUACGCAUACAUCCGCGACCUGAAGGGCGGGUCACGCACACGGCUACGAGAUACGGCCGCCGACAUCAAGAAGAAAGAUAUGGAGGGCGGCGCAGGUGCGUUCCCCGCCUCGCUGGAGGAUAAGGAAGGCAAACAACGGGAAUACGAGGAGGCCCUCUCGCAUUUCUUGAAGGAUCUGGAGGAACAGCAGCAACAGACAAAGAAGAAGCAUAAUGGCAAUGGCAUCAACGCCAAUGGCAAGCGACCUCUGGAGGAGGUAGAGUACGUCAUCCGCACGGCGACGCCCGAGGUCAAGCAGCGGCUUGUCAAGCGCAUCCGUGCCGAGAUGAUUUUGCAGGAGUUGUCGGAUAGUGAGAGCACGACAUCAGAAGCCAGUGUGGCUACAGUAACAACAACAGCGUCAGAGUCUACUGUGACCGCCGAGCCCAAGACCGAGGUUCAUAAGAGUGUUGAUGGCCCGCAAAAGCCUGCCAAGCGGCGCAGGUUAAGGAACAUCCGUACUGAGGUGAUCGAUUCGGACAGCAGUUCGUCUGAGUCGGAGUCGUCCGACAGCGAGUCUUCGGAGAGCGACUCGAGUGACGAGUCAGAAGACGAGGAUGUCGAGAUGAAGAUGAACGGGAGUGCGACCGAGUCAUCGAGUUCGAGCAGCUCUUCGUCUGAAUCCGAGUCGUCGUCAGAGAGUGAAUCUGAUUCUGAGUCAGAGUCAAGUUCAUCAGAGUCCGAUUCGGAUGCAGCAGCGGACAAUGUGGCAGAUGAUUCAGAGUCGGAAGCAGAGAGCGAGUCUUCGGAGAGUAGUAGCAGUAGCAGUAGCAGUAGCAGUAGCAGUAGCAGUAGCAGCAGCAGCAGUAGCAAUGACUCGGAUUCCGACUAA